AGAGCUUCCUAGAUGUGAAAAUCUAAGUGCUUACAUAGUAUGGAUAAACUCACAUGUUAAGUGGUUUUGUUUUUGUUUUUUUUCACAGACAGGAGUGAUGUAUAAACAUGGUCAAAGCCUUAAUGUGCUCAGUUGCCUAAAGCUGAACUUCUCGUUUGCCAGGCACCAUAAUAAUUUUGUGUCAAAAAAUAGUCUGUAAUGUUUUCCUUCUUUUCUUGAAGGGCUGCAUGUUCAUUAAAUCUGUUCAUGUGUUGUGAUUCUGUAACUAUUUUAUACUAUCAAACAUGAUUAUGCAGUUAUGUCCUACUUGAAGAUGAAGGAGAAAAAUGAAUGGCUGGAUUAUGGAAAUUAUAGCCAAAAUCUCUUCUUUAUUACAUUAUAGAAUCAAGCGUAGCUGCUUCAUGGUUGAUAUUCCAAUCAAAGGUAGAGGCUUCCAAGUUAUAACUCUUGGGUGUCCUGUCAUAGGCAAUAAUAGAGGACCUCUCCUAACUGGUUAACUGCUAAGAAUUUGUUUGUUGGCCCUUUCAGGGUAAGUAUCUGACAGUGGGCAUAGAAAACUUCCCUUCGUCUGCUGAAAGGCAUUUGGUGUGGACCAUGGAACAGUUAUGACAGUUACAACACUUUUAUCUACAGUAUAUAAUCAUUCUGGAAUAAAUUAAAGAAUUCAGUCUGUAGCCAGGAAUCAUAAACAGUCUUUAGCGAAGUUGAAUGUUGGGAUUUAAUGGUUUCAAGUGUAGCAUAUGACUUUGAGUAUAAAAGUGGUAUUAUUUUGAUAACUAGCUACCAUAAAUGCAAGGUCUUUUUCCAAAAGAGGUGGUACUCUUCUUUCACAUUCUUUUCCAUAUUUAAUGCAGAAGCCAAAUAACCACACACUGUUGAUUCCAUUGGCUCCAAUCUAAGCAUGGAAAUGUAGACUAUAUUCCAAAACAAUUAUCUAUAUACUGUUGUAUUUUAAAGAAAUAGCCUCAUUCUCUCUACAGCUUGUAGGCUAUAAAUGAGCGUGUAUUCAAUUUAAAUUUCCAUUGAGGAAAUGUGAAUUGAGUGUUUUAGCUUAUCAGCACUAUAUGCUGUCAGACUGUAAAGCAGUAAAAUUUUUGAAUGAUUAAACUAUUGUAUCAUUUUGUUUGUUUUUUAAAUAGUACAUAGUAGUACACUACUAAGCUGUCUGUGGAUCUCUGCCUGUUCUCUACAUGAGCUCUGCUAUAUGGCUCACAUACUUAUAGCUGGCCUUGCUUGACAGAAGAUGCCAGAGAAGCUCAGCAUCUCUGCAGCUUCUUCAUCUUCACUGCCAGUCAGGCUUCCGUGCUGCUUGUAUCCCUGAACCUCCAGGUGGGAGAUGGGGGAGUGAAAUCACACCCCCUCUGACUGGAAAAAGGGAAACAUCCUUUUACAAAAGAAGGACCUGGGGAACUACAGGCUGUUGAGCCUCGUGUCUGUUCCUGGGAAGAUCAUGGAGCAGAUCUGCCUGAAAGAGAUACUAAGGCAUGCACAGGGCUAUCUGAGAGCGUGGCUAUAGCAAGGGCAGACUGUGCCUGACCAAUCUGCCAGACUUCUAUGAAGGAGUGACAGCGUUGGUCAACAUAGGAAAGGUGACUGCUGUCAUCUACGUGGACUUGUGCAAGGCCUUUGACACGGUCCUGCACCGUGCCUUUAUUUCUAGAUUGGAGAAACAUGGAUUUGAAAGCUGGACUAGUUGGAUAAAGAAUUGGUUGGAUAGUUGCUGGCAGAGGGUUGGUCAGAGCUCUGUGUGCAGGUGGAAGCUGGUGAGGAAUGGUGCCUCUCAGGCGUCUGUCCUGGGACCAGUACUCUUCAACAUCUCCAUCAGUGACACAGAUGAUGGGAUUGACUGCACCCUCAGCAAAUCUGCAGAUGGCGCCACACCGAGCGGUGCAGUUGAUGUGACCGGAGGCGGCCAGGCAGCUGACAGAGGGAGCUGGGCGCAUCCCAUACAGACGUGGUGGUGCUGCUGAACGUGCGAACGCUGCUGUGCUGAUUUACUUCUGUAUUCCCAGCUAACUCUGCUGCUCAGGCCUUAGAUCAAACAUUUCAUACAAGUGUGGUACGAAAACUAUUAAAAUGCACUUCUUUGGGGGGAGAGGCGGCGCGGUGUGGAGGUUCAGCUCUCCCUUAGCUGGGAGCUCCCGCCUCACAAGAUGGCAGCGCGCCGCGCACUGGGCGCGCACACCUCGCACCGCGCUGCAGCUGAGGGCGCUGUGGAGGCGGAAGAGGGCGGCGGGAGCUCAGAGGGAGCCCUCCCUCCUCCUCCUCCUUCUCCUCCUCCUCCCCCUCCCGGAUGCAGCCCCCGGCGCUCCGUAUCGCGUCACCGCGCGGCGCCGGCGCGUGCAGCCGCCAUGGCCGACAUGGAGGAGCUGUUCGGCAGCGACGCCGACUCGGAGGCCGAGCAGAAAGACACCGAUUCCGGCUCAGACUCCGACUCCGACCAGGAGAACGUGGGCUCCGGCAGCAACGCCUCGGGCAGCGACAGCGAGCAGGAUGACGAGCGGGAGGCAGCAAAGCCCAGCAACAAGGAGCUGUUUGGAGACGACAGUGAGGACGAAGGAGCCUCCCAUCACACAGGCAGUGACAACCACUCCGAGAGGUCGUACAAUCGCUCCGAAGCUUCGGGGCACUCUGAGCACGAAGACAACGAUCAGUCGGACGUGGACCAGCACAGCGCUUCAGAAGCCGCUCAUGAUGACGAGGAGGAUGAGAGGGGACACGGGUCUGAUGAGGGCAGUCACCAUUCUGAGGGAGACGGUUCAGAAAAAGCCCAUUCGGAGGAUGAGAAGUGGGGCAAGGAGGACAAAAGCGAUCAGUCAGACGAUGAGGAGCGACAGCAGAACUCCGAUGAUGAGGAGAGACAGCAGAACUCGGACGAUGAGGAGAAAGCUCAGAACUCUGAUGAAGAUGAGAGGCCUCAAAUGUCUGAUGAUGAGGAGAGGCUCCAGAACUCGGACGAGGAGAAGAUGCAGAACUCUGAUGACGAGGAGAGGCCGCAGGUGUCAGACGAGGAGAAGAUGCAAAACUCAGACGAUGAUGAAAGAGCCCAGCACUCCGAUGAGGAGAAGAUGCAGAACUCUGACGAUGACGAAAGGGCCCAGCACUCUGAUGAGGAGGAGCAGGAGCAUAAAUCUGGAGAGUCUGCAAGAGGCAGCGAUAGUGAAGAUGAAGUCUUGCGAAUGAAGCGAAAGAAACCAAUUGCAUCAGAUUCAGAGGUGGACAGUGAUACAGAAGGCCAGAAAGAACACGCAGACGUCAUGGACCUGUUUGGAGGAGCAGAUGACAUUUCUUCAGGGAGCGAUGGGGAAGACAAGCCACCAACUCCAGGACAGCCCAUUGAUGAGAAUGGGCUGAGCCAAGAACAGCAGGAGGAAGAGCCUAUUCCAGAGACAAGAAUAGAGGUAGAAAUACCAAAAGUAAACACAGACUUGGGUAACGAUUUGUAUUUUGUGAAGCUGCCCAACUUUCUCAGUGUGGAACCCAGACCAUUUGAUCCCCAGUAUUAUGAGGAUGAGUUUGAAGAUGAGGAGAUGCUUGAUGAAGAAGGGAGAACGAGAUUAAAACUCAAGGUAGAAAACACAAUACGGUGGCGGAUGCGGCGAGAUGAGGAAGGGAAUGAGAUCAGAGAAAGCAAUGCCCGGAUAGUCAAGUGGUCGGAUGGAAGCAUGUCUCUCCACUUGGGAAAUGAGGUCUUUGAUGUGUACAAGGCACCGCUGCAGGGAGAUCACAACCAUCUGUUUAUCAGACAAGGGACCGGUCUGCAAGGACAGGCUGUUUUCAAGACAAAGUUAACCUUCAGGCCACACUCUACAGACAGUGCCACCCACAGGAAGAUGACUCUGUCUCUGGCAGAUAGGUGUUCAAAGACCCAGAAAAUUCGUAUUUUGCCAAUGGCAGGUCGUGAUCCGGAGUCUCAGCGCACAGAAAUGAUUAAGAAAGAAGAGGAGAGAUUAAGAGCUUCCAUUCGCAGAGAAUCUCAGCAGCGAAGAAUGAGGGAGAAGCAGCAUCAGCGUGGUCUGAGUGCAAAUUAUUUAGAACCAGAUCGCUAUGAAGAAGAGGAUGAGGGAGAUGAUGCAAUCAGUCUAGCAGCUAUCAAAAACAGAUACAAAGGUGGCAUCAGAGAGGAACGAGCUAGAAUCUACUCUUCAGACAGUGAUGAAGGCUCAGAUGAAGAUAAAACACAAAGACUACUCAAGGCAAAGAAACUUACUAGUGAUGAGGAAGGGGAGCCUUCUGGAAAGAGAAAAGCAGAGGAUGAUGACAAAGCAAGUAAGAAGCAUAAGAAGUAUGUCAUCAGUGAUGAAGAGGAAGAUGAUGAUGAUUAACAUUGAGGGAGCACUAAAGUUGCUUUUUAUAUAUACAUAUUUAUAUAUAAAUUGUACAGUUCUCUUACAGCAAAGAUGUAAGUAGCCAUAAUGGGGUUAUUUUGAUAAAGGAAAAUUCCAUUGAAAUUUGUGUUUCUGGUGUGAAUAAAAGUUGGUUUCUUUCUUUUUUACUUUCUGAUAUUUUUACAUCUUAUCUUACUGCAGCAGCUGCUGCAAUGGGGAUCAUCACAGUACCAGUUUUUAAAUCUUGUACAGUACAUUUCAGUUUUGAAAACUAUAGUACAAACUGGUUGUACGACUGAAUAAAAGGGAAUAAAUUAGUGGUCUUACUGAGUUUAUUAGAAGAAGCCAUAAUCUUCAUAUAGAAUGCUUAAAUUGUAAGUUUUCCCAGACAAGUUAUGGAGGUGAAGGUUACCAUUUGUACAGAAGAUUUGGAAUGACAUACGAGUGGUACAGUACCAUACUGUUUUUUCCUCGCUUUCCUUAUUCACUGCUGGCUGUGGACAUACUACAUACAUUACUAUGCUGUUAUAUUUUGAUUUUUUUGACUGAAUGUAUUUCUUAUCAUGUCUACUCUGAGUAAACUGUGAAGUUUCUGUAGUUAGAAUAGUAAACCGACCACAUAAGAUGUUUAUUUUUUCAUAAAUUGAACAAAAAUCCAUGUCUUACCUGAAUGUUAGCAUUAAUAACAAUCACAUCACGAUGUAAAUGUCAGAAUAGAAGCACUUGUUUAUACAAAGCUAAUGACUUUCUCCAAGUUCAUGAAAGACUUCUUUAACAACUGCAGUGAGCCACACUGUGAAUACAUAUCCUAGUAAUACCGUUUUGUAAUCUCAUACAAGCCUUCUGAUGCAUUUUCCUAUUGUUCCUUGUUGGCUGAAAAGAUGGUGAAGGAGAAUAUUGUGGACAGAAUCAUUGCUGCUUUUAUGCUAUUUUUAAACACCUUAUUUGAUUAUGCAAAUAAGAUUGCAAAAUGAGAGGCUACAAGAAAUGUCUCAUCUUUUCCACUCUUUAAGAUUAUGUUUCCCACGUGUAGUUUCCCUUGUUGGUGAGAUAGCAUUUCCAUGUUAUCUAUGUUGUUUUCUAACUGGCUUUUGACAGUCUAGAAGGCUUGCAACUUCAUAGAGACAGCAGGAAGAAAGCAGAAAGCAUAGCUUAAUGCCUUUUUAAAUGCAUUGAGUGGUGCUAUGGAAAGUUUGCUGUGUGGAUUUAUGUUUCGUAAGAUAAAGUAGCUAACAGUUAUGUAAGAAUAAAUGUUACUCAUCUCUCUCCUGCCCAGAUGAAUUAUGCUUUUCUAUAAAAACUUGAGUUACAGCUUUUAACCUGGCUGUCUUUCCUUUGAGAUGUAUAAUUAGGCAAACAGUUUACUGAAGUACUCUACCUCCAUUUUUCCUGCCUGGAAGGUGUGGGAAGCAUUCUAGCUGCAGAGCACAGAGCUCUGCACGCGUUAAUAUAUUCUGCUCAGCAGCUGACUGCGGUGGUGUAGACACUUGCAAAUAUGAAAACAAAGUGAAAAAUGUCUACCCUGAAGUCUGAGUGCCUGAGAAACUGUUCUUGUUUUUGUUUUGUAAUUGUUUCUAAGAGUUUCUGCCUCUCUGCUCUGUGCAGAUAAAGCCUUUCUCCAUCUGCUCGAAUUUUGACCCUGUAAUCCUCUUAGGUUAGACCUCUGCUGGGAGUCUGGCUUCUCACGUGUGGUUACCUGCAUUUCUGUUGUAACCUGCUCAGGAAGAAGCCAGUUGUAGAAAAAGGGAGUUGUUUCUUAUGCUAUGUGGAUGCUCGACUUUCAUGUCAAAGUCUCCCAGAUACCUCCUGAGCAGCAAUGCAAAGUGUAUGGAAAUGCACCACCAUUUCACUGCUGAUGUAUUUGCUUAAUGUCAGUUUAAUUAAAGCAUUGGUUAUUUUUACUAUAUUCCGAAGAGUGAAAAUGUUUUAAUCACUCUUACAGGUUUGAUGCUGACUAAGCCUUUACUUAGUAAGUGGGCUAUUUUAGCUUCCAAAAAUGAGGCUUUUGUGGAUUUAAAAGAUUAAAAGAAGUGUUUUUUUUCUACUGUCUUCUUUUGUCAGUUGCUCUUUUAAAGUCUUAUUAGAACAUGGAAUUUUAGAAUGUGUUUUCUCAGCCUAAAUUGGUUUAACAAUCACCUUUUAAUUGAAGUCACUUGAGCAAACUUUGUCUUAUCCACAGUAUUUGUUGCUUGGGAGUGUGAUGUACAGCUUUGUUUCACUCAUAGACAUAGUUUUUUUGUUCUCCCUUUUCCCAGCCUCCAAGUGUGUGAAAUUACACGUUGUAUUUGUUUUUUCUUACCCAAAUCAGAAAUCUGGAGCUGAAACUAAAAUGUGUAAGACGAACAAGUAGAUGAACUGUAUUUACUUUUGUACAAACUGUCCAGAGUAAUUCUUCCAGAAAGGUUAUGAUUUGAACAAUUUCCAAAAAUAAAAAUCUGUUUGAAGAGCUGAUAAUGAGCUGAGUGUUAGAUUUUCUGGCUAGUGGUAGAGUGUAGGAUAAGUUGUCUUGAAACCAUCGCUGAAAGGUGUUCCUAGCUAUAUGGUUUUGUUGUUUCAGGUCUAUUGUUCAACUGUGUACUUGCCAAUUGCUGAACUGGAGUUUUCUUUUUAGCACUGAGUAGCAUUUUCUUCCAUCCUAGCAAGUUGACACAGUUUUCAUGCUACAGCAAGCCUGAUGGAUCGUGGGCUGCCCUCAGAAGGGUGCAGCUGCCCAUGCAGUCCUCCUCUCUUCCUAGCAGCAGGUUUGGCAAUACCUGAAUGAAUUUGCUAAACACCCAGGAAACUGAUUUUCUGCUGUGCUGGAGUUUUGUGCCGGAUAGGCCAACAGCUACCAUGUGAACAUGGCAGCCAGCCCAGUAAGUUGGUGUGGUCAUGAGGACAUCAGGGGGCACGGUGGGAGGAUGCUCUCUUCAGCAGAGGUAUGAUCAUUUACUUGACUGUUUUUUGAAAAACAGCUUGACCUGGUAGAAGAUAGUUGAUAGUUUUCUACUGGUGUAGCUGCCUCAGCUGGCACAUUGGUGUGUCGGUUGUGACUGGAGGUGGUGCAAGAAGUAGAACAGGACAGUUCUGUGUGUGGCAGCAAGUUUUAACUUGGCUCAGAUGUGGAGCUGCAGCCACAGGAAUGUGUUAAAUAUGAGAUGGUGACUUUCCAAUGAAGUCAUAGGUAUUUAUUUCUCAGCCAGUGGGCAUAGGAGCCCGUGGUGUCAGCCCAUUCUAGUGGAGUGCUUUUCUCUAACAGCUUUAUGCUGCUGGUCAAGCUGAGUGUUAUUGUGCUGAAUGCAUAGAGAUUGAUACAUGGAAAGAAGGAGAAGGUUUUGUUUCUGAUAAAUGUUCUUUUAAUAUUAGUUAUGAGAAGUUCUACAUAUUAGAUUUGUGAAAUUUAGCUAUGCUGUUGUAACACUGAGACACUUGCCUGUGGCUUGACUUGGAAGUGCUUGUGGAGAGCAAUGUGACUAACACCUCGUGUUGCCUAGUGAUGCCCUUUCACUUGAGCUGGGGGUUUUUUAGUGCUUGUCUGGACAUGAAAGACUUACAGAAAAGCUGAAACAAUUGUUGACUGCUAGCUUGUCUCUUUAAUUGCUUUAAAACUCUUGGGCAUUCUGAUGAAUUAUAUAAGCUUAAGUAGUUGAGAAAAUGACAUAAAAUUAAGUAAAUCCCUGCUGAAAUCAUUCUCAGACAGAAUUGGACAAAAAAAAAAAAAAUCCUUUCACAAGACUUUUUUAACUUUUUUUUUUCUAAAGGAGUUUUUAUGGUUUCAAAACUGUAAUGGACUGAUACUUGGGGGGGGGGGGGAAGUUAUUCAAGUGGAAACUUAACUAGAAAGUUUUUAUUUGUUGCUUUGUUUUCUCCAUUAUUUUGUGAAGAAAUGAGAGACUGUAGAACCAGUUUACGAACUAAAGUGACCUCAUGUCUUUUGAGUUAUUAUGAAAUUUUCUGGGAAAGAAUGGCAUUCCUGCAGUUAUUGAUAGCCAUGGAGUCAUAUAUACACUGUAUUCUUCAUAUAUUGUAAAUGAAACAUAAAUAAAAUCCUAAAAAACAGUGAAA